UGUAGAAGGGACUUAAACACAAACGAUGACAUGGAAGGCAAACAACUACUCGUGUUUACAUGCCUUGUUUCAUGUUUAUUUGCAAUUAAUGUAUACGAUUUAGAAAACAUUCAUGUCGAGAACGAAGAUGGAACUACCCAGAUAUUUGAAGUUAAACGCUUGGAGCCCAUGAGUGGGGAGGCAUGUGCCAUUUGUUCACAGAACACGGCGAACUCGUCCCCUCGGCUUGCUCCCAUUCGCUCUAACGUUUUCAUUGCAGUUGGAGAAGUGGCAACAGAAUGUGAGGAGAACUCGGCAAAACUUCCAGUUGGUCUCUGCUCAAAUGCGAAGGACCAGGGUCACUGCACCAGGGACGGUGUCUCUUGUGAGCACUCCCCAGAGGAUCUUGCUGAGGACCUUUUAGCCAGUGAAAAAGUGCCAAUGCAAACUAAAAAUAAUGAUAUCGAUUCCAAGUUGGCUCUUGGAUUUGUGUCUAUAAAUGUAGGAAAUCUUGAUGACGCUAUGCAAAUAUUCAACAAUAUCCUUGUGUAUCACCCUGACUCGGUUGGUGCUUAUUAUGGGAGAGGCAUUGUCUAUCAAAGAAUGGGUAUUCAGGAAAUUGCGAAUGCAGCAAAGAGUGUUCGUGAAUUCACUGAGGCCAUAAUGAAAGAUGAAAACCACCAUGAGAUUUAUGAAAGGAGAGCAGAGUCAUACAUAGCUCUCCAACAUUUCAAUGAUGCCCUGAAAGAUCUUAAUAUUGCUGCAAAAUCCAGUUCAUCCAAACGCCUGUUUUUUAUUCGAGGAAUAGUGCACCUUUUAUUGGAAAACUUCGUGGAGGCAGAGGAAGAUUUCAGGAGGAAUCUGGACACAGACAAUUCCUUGUAUGUGGGAUCUUACUUUCACUUGGGAUUGGCUCUGUAUUAUCAGGGGAAAGUCAGGAAUGCAAUUGAAGUCUUUAAAGAUGUUUUGAAAUUAAAACCUGACCACGUAGAAGCCUCAACAAGUUUAGGUCAAGCUUUCAGAGAAAUAGGAAAUUUAAAACCUGCAUGGAAGAGAUUUAACCAGUCAGUUCACAUGAACCCUAAUCAUGCCCAGACGUGGCAGCUGUGGGGCAGUAUGUUGUACACUCAGGGCGAGCAUCGGGGGGCCAGGCUCCACUUUGACAAAUGCCUGGAUAUUAAUCCGUCCAACAUCAAUUGCCAGUAUAUGAAAUCAUUGACCUAUAUCACCAUGGGAAAAUACUACCAAGGACUCAAAUCAUCCAUGAAAGUCAUGAUAAAUAAUACUCCAGCCAUUAAAGCAAGUCCUGAGUUCAUCAAAGCUCAUUAUCUUAGAGAAUAUGCAAGAUUCCUUCAUUCAAAACUUGACACCCCUUUGGUCGAUUUAGACAUAGAUAGUUUUCAUCCGGAGUUUAAAGAUAGAUGGACAAAGCAGUUACCUUUUCAUUUUAAAAAAACUUAUAAAGAGCAGCCUGGACUCCAACCAGAAAUCAACGAUGUGUCUUAUGUCUCCAUCAUGGAUUAUGGCCGAGAGCUACAAGGCCUCAUCUGUAAAGCGCACAGAGUUGGUUUUUCCAUGCAGGUUGCGGCAGAUGGAUAUUUGCCCAGCAGGAGACAUAAUUUUGCCAUGGGAUUAGCCUCAAUGCACAUUGCUCAACUUUUAGAUAAAAGAUGGAGAGAAAUUAGAUUAAAUAAACAAAUAGAUAGAUCCUUAGAUUGGAGAGAAGUUUUUAACAUAGCUAUCCAGUAUAGGAGAUUAGUUGAUCCAGAGCAGCCAAUUUUCUGGGUAGAUAAGAUGCCGGAUUAUAGUACAGAGGAGGGCUACCACACUGAAAUCAACUUUAUUAAGGGAGAUGUGCAAAAUAUAAAAGUAAUGCAGUAUUAUGACCUGGUGUUCAAGCUUGCAAAAACGAUGCUGGAGCAUUAUGCAGGAGAGGAAGCAGUAUUUUAUCAUGAUCUGCGACAAGAUGUUGAGAGGGCAAAGACCUGUGAUGAUUUACUCAUGAUAGCCAGAAAGCGUAACAUAAAUGAGAAUGGUUUCAUGGUUUCCACCCAAGUGCCGAGCUCCAGGAGUGAUGAGAGGCUGGACGGCUCAAUGGUGGUCUUGUCUCGAGAUAACAGUAACAAGAUGACAUUUGCCAUCAGCAUUGUUAACAAUAAGGCCCGUACCCAGCUGUAUCAUGCUGAGAUAGACGCAGUGUUCAAUCAGAUUCAAGAGGAGAUCAAAAGGAUAGGGAUAGGCAAGGCACUGAAUACAGACUCUGUGAUGGAUAAAAUAUUAACAAUGAUGUACUACAUUUAUAAUCUCAUGCCCCUGACAAAAGGAAAUAGUGCUGUAAUAUAUUCAGUUGCUGUGGGGAUCAUCAUGUCCGUCAAUAAAUUUGUUUUUGGAAAGAUUCCAUCAGGGAAGCUUUUAGAAAUGGAAGCCAUAUUGUCUGGCGCUCCUGAUGCUUUCAUACUGGUUACUAAAAACUGGAUGAAUGUGAGAGGGGCGGAUGUUCCAAUCACCAUUCACCCCAAAAUAUGGGAUGUGUUACCCACAGUCCGCCAUGUUGUUGAAGUAUUGAAUGUCAAUACAGAUCUUUGCGUUAUGCCAGCAAAUCCAUGAUCUCCGAAACCUUCACAUCGAAGUCCUGUUCUACAAACUCUCUAUGCAAAUGCAAUUCUUUUUUAUCAGUAUUUUGUAGUGUUAUUUUCUUUUCCUUGAGAGUAGAAAGAUAUAUGCACAAAUUAACAAUGAUAUUGUGGGCAGUAUUCUUAGUUCACCUGUUUUAGAGAUAAUUUUAUUCACAACUUUUAGGAGAUACCUACUACUAAAGUAUGGUAAUAUGUUAGUAUUUUCAUUGUUCUUUAAACAAAAUUUCUUUCCUUUCAUUUUUUAAAUUUUUUUUAUUUAAUGUGAGGUACCAAGUUGUUUCUUCACAAAGCUAAUUUCCGACUGAACUUUUACAACCUGAUGUAGGACAUUGUUUUUUUUUUUUUUAAUUUUACUGAUGUUAAAACUUUAUGUUAACAAUUUUCAAGGCCUGAAAAUAUAGUUUUGAUUAUCUUUUAGAAUACAUGUACAUGUAUUUACAAAUAUGUUAUGAAAUGUUUUAUAGCACAGAGCAAAUUACAUGCAGAUUUGUCUGAUCAUACUACUCGAGUUGUAUUGGUUGUUAUAAGUGUUGAGGACUAACCAUUUAAGACUGUGAUUUGGGAGGGGGUGUUUUGUUAAUCUAUGCAGUUUGUUAUACAUAUCCAGUUUAUAUGUAACUAAUUCUUACUUUUGUAUGUUUGAUGAUAUAAAAUGCACAAGCAGUGAUUAA